CAAAUAGAUUAUUCAUCAAAAGAAAGCCUUGACGAAAACAUACAUUUUUUUACCUUCCUCUUAAAAAUAAAUUCUAAACAAAAAAAAUUAUGAUCUUCCAAGAAAAGUGCAUUUUCGUCUUCCUAUUUAUUGUGAUAUAUUUGCAUCAAAGUAAAAGUACAAACUCACAAAACGUAAAUAGGACUUUAUUUUUGUAUAAUCAUCCAUAUUCAUGCAAAACUAAUGAGUUUUAUAAUUUGGAUUAUUUUAUGUGUGUACAAUGUGAAUCUAAGGAAUAUUUAACACCCAGUUUUGAUAAACUAACAUGUGAUUGUAAAAAGAACACCACCAAACUUGCUAUCUAUGAUUCUUCGAAAAAUCAACCAAUUUGUUUGGAACCAUGUAAAAAUAAAAAGAACUUCAAAUGUCCAAAUACAACAAUGCUAUCUUAUCCCGAAAAUCCUUGUACCUUCAAGUUCAUAAAUUACACAUCAGGAGAUCAAAAUGGUACAACAAAGAGUAUUCGCAUCACAAACUCUCACUUACAUGAGAAUGACUGCAUCUGUGAUUUGAAAUACAAUUAUCUCUAUGUUGACUUUUGUGUAUGGAAACCACUGUUGAAAAACUAUCUCCAUCACAACGCUUUCUGGAAGCGAGGAAGAUUUUACGUCGAUUUGAAGUUCAUAGCAUUCUUCUGUCAAUCGCUUCAGAACAUGACAGCAUGCAAUAAUUUGGCUAAUUUAUGUGUCCAAUCGUUUUUCGAUACCGACAAAAAUUCACCAUGCAGUGUUUUUCUCCUGGGCCAGGCUUCUGAUGCUGCACUCUACACUAGCAUGGGAGAGAAACUUGGUGGGUUAAGACCAUUUUUAUUUUACAAAAAAGGCAAAGAUACUGUACAGGAAAUCGAAGAAAAAAUUCAAAUUUCGGAUGAUAAGUUAAAACUGUUUUCUACAGUGUAUUCAAUGGAUGGUCAACUUAUUCGAUGGGAAGAUUUGCAACUGAACAGAAUCAAUCAUUGUGGACACGAUUUGUAUGAAAUGCAUGGAGAUUUACAGUUUUUCAAAAAUGAUCGGAUAAGCUGUUUCCUGACACUCGAAACUAUCAUAGACAUGGCCUCUACUUACGCAAACAAAUAUUUCUUUAGCAUUUUUCUAAAUCAUACGAGAGAAGAAAGCAAUCGAUACUUGCAGCAGAUACCCGUGUUGAUUCAGAAUGCAUUUGAAGGGAAUAAUGAACUCAAUUCUGCUGAAUGGCAGUUAGUUAAACGUUUUCAAAUAAUUGAAGCUCAAGAUAUAUUUUUUAACACAGCAAAUCAACAAAUUUUAGUGUAUGAAGAUUCAUAUAAGCUACGACUCUUCAAAUCGAUAAAAGUUUUGCGAAAAUUCGAGUUCCGUUGUACUGUGACAGAAGAUAACAAAAAUACAAUUCCCUUAAUAGUUCUAGACUAUCAUACAAUUGACUUAUCUCUCAAUAAUUCCCUCAGUGAAAAGUACAAAUUUGAAUUUUUAGUUAAAUUCGAAAAAGAUACUGGCUCAGGAAUACUUUAUGAAAUAGUUUUACCUAUUUUCAUAGCCAUCAGUUUAUUGUUUGCAGUUUUCAGGGCUUAUAUUUUUAAAUGUCGUAGAAAUCUUGAAUGUUCUGAAAUGGUUGUCUUUGUUCAAGCAUUAUAUAAUUUUGUGUCGAAUGUGGGAAAUUCUUUGUUGGCCGUUGUAAUCAUAGAUGCCUUUUACUCAGUUACAACUUUUCUAAUUGGUAAUCAUGAGCUAUUAAUGGCAGUUGAAAACAAUCAUGUAUUUGAGUUUUGUAUAUAUUGUGCUCUCAUUUUGAAGGCUUUCUACUUUUUUAUAAACUUUUGGAGAAUCUCUCAAAUUGAUAUAUUUUUCGUGGAUUGGGAACGACCAAAGAGUUCUGAUGUUUCUUUACAUUUGAAAAACAAUUUGGAUACAUCAUCACAGUGCUCCAGCAUUCGAACAUUUACUGAGAAUAACGUAUCAGCAUGGAGGAUAUUCUUUUUGGCAAACGAAUGGAUUGAUUUGAGUUGUAAACAAAAAACUUCAUUUUUCGUUCAGGGCUUUGUUUCGUUAAUUAUUUUUUGGAUUAUCAACACUUGCUUGCCAUCAUUCUAUUCGAAUUCAACUUUUAAAAUAUUUACUUGUGCUGUUGUAUACUCUUCUGUUCAACUCAUACAAUAUUUGUGCAGAAGCUUUAUACUUUAUAAAGUGAUUGGUAAUCCAUUGAAAAAAUUUCUGGAUAUUUGUACAUUGGCAAAUGUAUCCAUAUUUACCCUAAUGGAUUGUUCUUAUGGGUUUUAUAUUCAUGGAAGAUCUCCACAUGGAUUUUCCGAUACGGAUAUGUCUUCAAUGAUUUUUCAAUUACAACGUGAAUCUCAAAAUAUGUGCGGGAAAAAAGGACUUUUGAGUGAUUCGGAUUUUCAAACAUAUAUUGUGCUUCCUCCGUUAAAUUUGAGAAAACAUAUUGAAAAGCUCUUGCCAUCGAAACAAAAAUCAGUCAAUUUAUCCCAGUCUCAUUUACAAAAGGAUCAUGGAUUUGCUAGUAUGAAUGCAGAGGGAGUGUUGGAAAGAACUACAACCACAUACAACAGAGUGAAUAGAUUUUUCUGUGCCUUUAUUGAUCAUGCUAUCAAGGAUAUGGACUACAUUAUUAAGGAGAAAACAUUUGCUGAACAAAUGCUGAGUUGUGAGUUUGAAAGUUUUGUUGCAGAACAAAAAGGGACAUUUUAUAUCGACAACAGUCUGACCUUCAGUUCACUCUUUCUCUAUGGAAAUCAAAUGGAAAUUUUUAUUAUGGAACUUUUAAUUUUCUUGACCAUGAAUUUAUUAACAAACAAUUAUACAAUUUCAAUAAUUGUUGUUUGCAUUUUAAAUAAGUUAUUUCAGAAAUUGUUUCGUUUCUGGGUCAAGAACAAUAUAAGCAUUAAAACAUUAAUAGAUAAGCGAUUUUUAAUGUAAUU